GGGCCGGGCGGCGGGGCUGGGUGCGGAGCCGGGGCUGGGUGCGGAGCCGGGGCUGGGUGCGGAGCCGGGACUCGGUGUGGAGCCGGGGCUGUGUGCGGUGCUGGGACUCGGUGACGGAGCCGGGGCUGUGUGCGGUGCUGGGACUCGGUGACGCAGCCGGGACUCGGUGACGGAGCCGGGGCGGUGCUGGGACUCGGUGACGCAGCCGGGGCUCGGUGACGGAGCCGGGGCUCGGUGCGGAGCCGCCGGAGCGGAGCCGAGCCGCGAUGCCGCUCAAGGCCGUCAUCCUGAUCGGGGGCCCGCAGAAGGGGACCCGGUUCCGGCCGCUGUCCUUCGAGGUGCCCAAGCCGCUCUUCCCCGUGGCCGGAGUGCCCAUGGUGCAGCACCACAUCGAAGCCUGCGCCAAGGUGCCUGGCAUGAAGGAGAUCCUGCUGAUGGGUUUCUACCAGCCCAAUGAGGCCCUCAGCCGCUUUCUCGUGUCGGCACAGCAGGAGUUCAAGGUUCCCAUCAGGUAUCUGCAGGAGUACGCAGCCCUGGGCACGGGUGGUGGCAUCUAUCACUUCCGAGACCAGAUCCUGUCAGGUGGUGCUGAGGCCUUCUUUGUCCUCAACGCAGACGUGUGCUCAGAGUUCCCCUUACAGGAGAUGCUGGAGUUUCGGCAGCAGCAUGGGGACAUGCACAGCUUUGUCAUUCUGGGUACCACAGCCAACAGGACACAGGCACUGAAUUAUGGCUGUAUCGUGGCAAAUACGGGCACACAGGAGGUUCAGCACUACGUGGAGAAGCCUAGCACGUUUGUCAGUGAGAUCAUUAACUGUGGCAUCUACCUCUUCACACCUGCCAUCUUCCAGCACAUUGGCGAGGUCUUCCAGAGGAACCAACAGGAGCUAGCACUCUGUCCUUACCUUGGAGAGGAAAGUUCCAAUGGCUGGCAGCGUGCAGAAGUGAUCCGGCUAGAGCAGGAUGUUUUCACGGCCCUGGCUGGCAGUGGCAAGCUGUAUGUGUACAAAACUGAUGGCUUCUGGAGCCAGAUCAAGUCAGCUGGCUCUGCUAUCUAUGCCAGCCGCCUUUACCUGAACCAAUACAGCAAAAGCCACCCAGAGAGACUGGCCCAGAACAAACCUGGAGGCCCUGUCAUCCGAGGGAAUGUGUACAUCCACCCGACAGCCUCCAUCGACAGCACUGCAGUGCUGGGCCCCAACGUCUCCAUUGGGGAGGGUGUGACGGUGGGCGCUGGUGUGCGUGUGCGAGAGUCCAUCGUCCUGCAUGGCGCCUCCCUCCAUGACCACACCUGUGUCCUCAAUACCAUUGUGGGCUGGGACAGCACGAUUGGGCGCUGGGCCCGGGUGGAAGGAACGCCCAGCGACCCUAACCCCAACGAUCCCUAUGCCAAGAUCGACAGCGAGACCCUUUUCCGGGACGGGCGCCUCACACCGUCCAUCACAAUCCUGGGCUGCAGUGUCACCAUUCCAGCUGAGGUCGUUAUUCUCAACUCCAUUGUCCUUCCUCACAAGGAGCUGAGCCGAAGCUACAAAAACCAGAUUAUCCUGUGAGUCAUGGGCAGCACCAGCCCCCUGCUCCCUGCUGUGCCCCACAACAAGAGCCUGCACUGAGGCCUCACAUCCUGGGAGGUUCUCAGCACCCCCGGAGGGGUAGGUGCAGACCAGGAGCCCUGCAAGUGCCUGACUACUGCUCCAGACAGACAUUAAAGCUGACGAGCAUCAGCCUUGCAUGCUGCUUCUCUUGCAGCCCAGGGACCAGCCCUGGGCCAGGGUGAAGGCUUUGGGGACAGUAGGUGACUCUGGUGCAAGCCUGUGUGCAUAUGCAGGGAGCACUUGCUGCGUGCAGGGUCUUGGGUCCAACUUUGUGUGUUUCUCCACCAAAGGGCACUACCAGCACCACCUUGCCACUCCUACCCUGCACUAUUUGCUGUCUGCAACUCCCUGGAAGGUCUUGGCCCAUCUCCAAGACCUGGGGGCUUUGAAUGUGCCUGUCAUGUGUAGGCAGCUCACCCACAGGAACAGACUGAGGGCUCUUGAUUUCAGCAUGAUUGUAACAGCUUGAGCUGGGCUCCUGCCUACUGCUGGGAAAACAGCAGUGCCAGGCUAUCCUAAGGGCACUGGCACACACAUGAGGGCUGGGUCGGACUAGUGGUCUGCUGGCCCUGGAGGGAGCUGCAAUAACACCCCUUUCCCCAGUACCACCUCUGCCCCCUGGGCUCAGUGUGAGCCAGGAGAGCUGCCAGCCCUACCAAGCCUGCUUCUUGUCAGGCUGAGACCUGUGCCUGCUGCUUAGGCAGGGCUCAGGGUGAGGGCAGCAAGCCCCUGCUACCCUGGUGGGCCAACAGCCUCCUUCACACCAGCAUGGCUGGAGCUUGGGGGGCUCACUGCAUAUCUCCCCUUGUCACCAGCCACAUCCACUGGGCACCAGAGCAAUCAACUUAGCAAGUGGCAGAGAUUUAACACCUCACCUUGUGUCAAAAACCUGAUUUCAUGGAAGGCAGUUUUCUCCUGAGCCUGGCAUAGAUUAUCUACAGUAACCAAUGCUGCCCUUUAUCCUUUUACCUCCCUGGUUUUGACCUCUGUGCUAAAGCCCUGCCCUCCACCAAGGGCCCCAUCAUGCCUCUCAUUUUCAGCAGGGCACUGCAUUAGGCAUUCUCUAUCCAUCCAAUUCCAUCCCAGUUCAAUGGUUUUGGAGUAAAUCCUUGCUCCUAGCCUGUGCCUUCCUGUGCCAGUUCUCCUGUGGUCCUGGGCAGGGAUUAGCUGUUCCCUAGCUUUAAGCACAUUAAACUCCUUCAGUUUUGCCUCUGC